AUUUCCAAACCUUUGCUCGGUCGAAGAGAGUAUCUACAUAGUCUCUGUAGUAUGGUCUUGUGGCGCAGUGGUAGCGUCCUUGCCUCGGGACCAGAAGGUCCGUGUUCAGGUCCCACCUCAUCCAGAGGUGUACCAUAUCAUUUCCGAACAAAUUGUUAUUAGAUAUGAAUGUAGACCACUCUCCAUCACUCGGUUUGUCGCUGGAUGCGGCUCAGCGGCACCAGCUGGUUGAUGAUCCACCACUGCCCCUCCCUAUGCACUCUGGAUAUUGUAGUUCCCUCUUCAGUUUGCUCCUGCGAUCAACGGCGGUCUGAGGACUGCAACCCCCAGAGUGCCUCGCGGCACAGCGCCUCGCAGCCAAUGGAAUACGCAGUCAGCGUUGCCCCAGUUAUCGGAAUGGCGUCUGCUCGGAGGUUGGCGCCGCUGCCCCUGGUAACGGUCGGCUCCUGGCUUCUCCUCCUGUCGUGUGCUCAGUUCGGAGGUGGACAGAAGAAGAAAGAGAACCUCCUGGCAGAAAAGGUGGAACAGUUAAUGGAAUGGAGCUCCAGACGUUCAGUCAUUCGAAUGAAUGGUGACAAAUUCCGAAGGUUUGUGAAGGCUCCCCCUCGUAAUUACUCUGUAAUUGUGAUGUUCACUGCCCUUCAGCCCCAAAGACAGUGUUCUGUAUGCAGACAGGCGAAUGAGGAGUACCAAGUGCUGGCAAACUCAUGGCGGUAUUCAUCUGCAUUUUCUAAUAAGUUGUUCUUCACUGUGGUGGACUAUGAUGAAGGAGCAGAUGUAUUUCAGCAGCUAAACAUGAAUUCUGCCCCAACAUUCAUGCAUUUUCCACCAAAAGGCAAGCCUAAGAGAGCUGACACCUUUGACCUGCAGCGAAUUGGAUUUGCAGCUGAGCAGCUUGCAAAGUGGAUAGCUGACAGAACUGAUGUGCAUAUUCGUGUAUUCAGGCCUCCUAACUACUCAGGAACCAUUGCCUUAGCUCUUCUAGUUUCACUAGUCGGUGGUUUAUUAUAUCUACGGAGAAAUAACCUGGAAUUCAUCUAUAACAAGACAGGAUGGGCUAUGGCUGCUUUGUGUGUGGUAUUUGCCAUGACUUCUGGACAAAUGUGGAAUCAUAUUCGAGGCCCUCCAUAUGCCCAUAAGAACCCACAAAAUGGUCAAGUGAGUUACAUUCAUGGAAGCAGCCAAGCUCAAUUUGUUGCAGAGUCCCACAUAAUACUUCUGCUCAAUGCUGCCAUCACCAUGGGAAUGGUUCUUUUAAAUGAAGCUGCAACAUCCAAAGGUGACGUAGGCAAAAGAAGAAUAAUCUGCCUGGUGGGAUUAGGUUUGGUCGUUUUUUUCUUCAGCUUGCUGCUGUCAAUAUUCCGCUCAAAGUAUCAUGGGUAUCCCUACAGCUUUUUGAUAAAGUAAAAAAUGGAAUCACACGAAAAGACUUGAAAGAGACUAUGAAAACAUCUGCCAUCUGAGGAGAACAUACUUUAUAAUUUGGGUUGCUAGCCAACGUAAUACAGUGUUAGCUAUUAACUAUUAUACUUGUCAUUGUGAAAUUGUAAAAGUGCCAUUUAGGAGUGAGUCUGUGCUAUUGCUUUGUUUUGUGUUUCUUAUAUAUAAGUUGAUAUAUUAGUUUGAAUUGCUGUAGGAAAUGGUGUACAAAUGACCAGAAGUAUAAUAAAUUGCAAGAACCUUCAUGAGACUUUGUCUAAAUCCUUUGG